AGAAAGUUUGAUGGAAGAUCCAAAGCGAAGUUGCAACCAUUUUUUUUAUAACGGUAGAAAAAUUCCAAUUUUUUUAAACGCACUCAUCACGUGUUUUUCGAAUGAAAAUAAUCAUUAAUUAUAGUACAAAAACACUGUUUCAAGAAUUUUAGCCAUCCGGGAGGCAAAUAACUCAAUGGAAUUGAGCUAUUAAAUAAACACGAACUCUCUACGAUGUGUGGUUGAUGAGAUCUCAAAUCUAAAUGUUUGCCCAAUAAAAGCUCAAUUCCUUGACUGACUCUAGAAAGGAAGCCAUGUGAUGCCAUUAAUGAAGUCGUGUGAAGCUAAUAAUUUGGGGGUGGUAACAAGGUGCGUGUCAGGUGGAGCUGAUGUGUGAAGUAAGGUGGGUCCGAGUUUGAGGAGGUUUGUAAUAUAUCGUAACAACAGUUAAUGAGCCUUCAAGAUACAUACAUACAGUAUCAAGCGUACAUGCUGUAUCAACGAAUUCAAAAUACAUACAUACAGCAUAUAAACGCAGACAAUAAAGAACUUUUAAAUAUCUAUGGAAACGUGGAGAUCUGCAACAGUUUUCAAAGUUGCUUUUAUAAUCAACGUCUUUGAAUUUCUUUAUUGAUUUUGUUGGAUAAAAUAAUGGAAGAGACAAAAGAGUUAGAACAUAGACACUACGAAUAUACAAUGGAUUCGUUCAUACCAAAUAGCAAAUCAUCUGAUCUAAUGAAACCAGAGACUGAUGAUAAUAAUGAUGAUGAGGCUAGAAAACCAUUAGGAGAUUUCGUUGUGUACAGUCGGCGUUGGGCUAUAUUAAUCCUCUUUGUUUUUUACUCAGCAUCAAAUUCUAUGCAAUGGAUACAAUUUUCCAUUAUUGCAAAUAUUAUUCAGAAGUAUUAUAAUGUUUCUUCAACAUGGGUUUCAUGGACAUCAAUGAUUUAUAUGUUUUUAUAUAUAUUACUUGUUUUUCCUGGCAGCUGGGUCCUAGAUAAAUUGGGGUUACGUACGGCUGCAAUUUUCGGUUGUUUGGGUACCUGCUUGGGCGCUUGGAUUAAAAUUUUAGGCGUAAAUCCAGAUCUGUUCUAUGUAGCAUUUAUUGGUCAGUCAAUUGUUGCUGCAUCACAAGUUUUUAUUCUUUCUUUACCUGCUAAAUUGGCUGCUGUGUGGUUUGGUCCUAAUCAAGUUUCAUCUGCUUGCAGUAUUGGUGUUUUUGGAAAUCAGCUUGGUAUCGCAAUAGGUUUUCUUUUUCCAUCUAUUAUAGUCAAAAAUAGUGAUGACAUGAAUCAAAUUGGAAAUGAUUUGCAGUUUAUGUUUUAUUUAGUAGCUGCUUUUACAACAGUUCUUGCUGUCCUAAUUUGCAUAUUUUUUCAAAAAGCACCUCCUACUCCUCCGUCAGCAAGUGCAUUGUUAUCUGAGAGGCCAAAAAACAAUCACUCGUCUCCAUUUUUUCAUUCAAUAAAAAAUUUAUCGUUUAAUUUGAACUAUAUAUUACUUUUAAUCUCUUAUGGUAUAAACGUUGGUGUAUUCUAUGCAAUUUCCACUUUGUUAAAUCAAAUCGUAUUAACUCAUUACGACGGUGCUGAAAAAGAUGCAGGACGAAUUGGUUUAUGCAUUAUUGUUGCUGGCAUGCUUGGAAGCGUUUGUUGUGGAAUUGUCUUAGAUAAAACUCAUAAAUUCAAAGAAACAACUUUAGCAGUUUAUAUUUUAUCAUUAAUUGGAAUGAUUAUUUACUCUGCAACUUUGAGUACUGGAAUCAUCAUCGUAUAUAUAACUUCAUCAUUACUUGGUUUUGCUAUGACAGGAUAUCUCCCAGUUGGGUUUGAAUUUGCUGCCGAGAUAACAUACCCAGAAUCUGAAGGUACAAGUAGUGGAUUGUUAAAUGCAGGUGCUCAAGUAUUUGGUAUUUUAUUAACAAUCCUUUAUGGGGACAUCCUAGAAUCAUUUGGAGACAUAACUGCUAAUAUUGUGAUGGUUGGAUUUUUAUUAGCUGGUUGCAUAAUAACUGCAUUUAUCAAAUCUGAUUUAAGACGCCAAAAUGCUUAUAUGAGCUCAAUAAGUGAAUCAUAGAUUUAGGAAAUCAAUUCGGUUAAGGGUAAUUCCAUAGAAACAUUUCAUUGUUUACAAACUUGUCAUUUAGAAAGAAAAUUAAAAAUUCUUAAUUUCACUAUUUAUCUAUAAAUAUCUUUAGUUUAAAUGAUUUAAUAAUGAUUUCCAGACAAUAUUGUACAAGUUUAGAUGCUUAGAAAUACAUGGCAAAAUUCAACAAGAAAAUUUUAAAAUUCUGCAUUUUUCUGUGGAAAAUCUCUCCGCGUUACUUGGUAACAUAUUUGUAACAACCAUAGAAUUCAAAUUUUGGCUUAAUUAUAGACUUUUGAGCUUACUAAGAGAUUAUGGACGGAUUAUGAUAGAAUGUUCAAUAAUCUAUCAUUCUGUAUACUUUUUUGAUCAUAAAAAGCAGCCGAAGUAUAAGAAAAUUGAACUAAUCCGAAUAGAUAAAUAGCACGCUAUGAGCGCGCUCAAAUUUAGUGCUGAGCAUACUCGCGUGAGCGUGCUCUUUCAUACGAAAAGUGAUGCCACUACUUUACGCUAAUGAGCACGCUUUAUAAGCAUGCUCUGAGCACGUUAUUUUAACAAAUUUUGAGCAUGUUGUGUGACAUGCAACAUUUUUUAUGUCAUAUGAUGUGACAUUUGAGUAUACUCAGUGAGUGUGCUCGUGAGUGUACUCUGAGCAUGCUCACUGAGUGUACUCACAUUAUUUUAUAAUUUUCAAAAAAAUUAAAUUUUGAAAUUAUUUUUUUGAUAUAUUUUACUGUUGUAGAGUUUUUUAAUGUUCUAGAAUAAAUUUUGUUCAUUAAUAAUCUGAAAAAGACACUUAACAAAAUUUUGGAUUUUACCUGGAUUCGCAUAUUCACAAUGUGCUCACGAGUAUGCUUAAGAGUGUACUCAAGUGAGCAUGCUUAGAUUUAGGAAUUGAGUAUGCUCUCGAGCAUGCUCAAUAAAAUAAAAAAUUUCAAAAAAUUUGUUUUUUGUGAGCAUAUUCACAAUGUGCUCACAAGCAUGUUCAACUGAGUGUGCUCAGGUGAGCACGUUAAAUGAUGAUUUUGAGCAUGCUCAUUAACGUGCUCACAAAAGUGAGCACGUUCUUUGUCUAUUCGGGUAAGUGUUUGUAGAAUUGAUCUUUUUUUGUUGAGCGUUACCAAGUAACGACAAAGAAAUUGAAAUAAUUUACUAAUUAACUUGUAUACUUGUAUAAAAUUACGUAGCUUACGACUUUCUACAUAUCUUUUAAAAAAGCUUACUUUCUGAAAUUCGGUCUAAAUAUGUAAAAUCAAUUUGGAGACAAAUUUGUAGAAAAAUUGUUCCUUGGAAUUACCCUUAAAGUAAAUAUUUAAGAUGAA